AUGGCCAAAUCAAAGAACCAUACCAAUCACAACCAGAACAAGAAGGCUCACAAGAACGGGAUCAAAACCCCAAAAUCGAGCAGGACCAGGUCUUUGAAGGGUGUUGAUGCUAAGUUUCGUCGUAACGCACGGUUUGCACUUGCUGGAUCGCAAAAGGCCCGUUUAGAGCAGAAAGCAGCAGCAUCAUGA